UCUUGUUCUAGGUAAUGAAAGAAGCCACAGCAUGGAGCUCUGGAACUCCACCUUGGGAAGUGCCUUCAUCUUGGUGGGAAUUCUGAAUGACAGUGCGUCUCCUGAAGUGGUCUGUGCUACAAUUACUGUCCUAUACAUGUUGGCCUUGACCAGCAAUGGCCUGCUGCUCCUGGCCAUUACAUUGGAAACCCGGCUCCACGUGCCCAUGUACCUCCUGCUUGGGCAGCUCUCUCUGAUGGACCUUCUGUUCACAUCUGUUGUCACUCCCAAGGCCCUUGCAGACUUUCUGCGCAGAGUAAACACCAUCUCCUUUGGAGGCUGUGCCCUUCAGAUGUUCCUGGCACUGACAAUGGGUGGCGCUGAGGACCUCCUACUGGCCUUCAUGGCCUAUGACAGGUAUGUGGCCAUUUGUCAUCCUCUGAAAUACAUGACCUUCAUGAGCCCAAGAGUCUGCUGGCUCAUGGUGGCCACAUCCUGGAUCCUGGCAUCCCUAAGUGCCCUAGUAUAUACCCUGUAUACCAUGCACUAUCCCUUCUGCAGAGCCCAGAAGAUCAGGCAUCUGCUCUGUGAGAUCCUACCCUUGUUGAAGUUGGCCUGUGCUGAUACCUCCAGAUAUGAGCUCAUGGUAUAUGUGAUGGGUGUGACUUUCCUGAUUCCCUCUCUUGCUGCUAUACUGGCCUCCUACACACUAAUCUUAUUCACUGUGCUCCAUAUGCCAUCAAAUGAGGGGAGGAAGAAAGCCCUUGUCACCUGCUCUUCCCACCUGACUGUGGUUGGGAUGUUCUAUGGAGCUGCCACAUUCAUGUAUGUCUUGCCCAGUUCCUUCCACAAUCCCAAACAAGACAACAUCAUAUCUGUUUUCUACACGAUUGUCACUCCAGCCUUGAAUCCCCUCAUCUACAGCCUGAGAAAUAAGGAAGUCAUGGGGGCCUUGAGGAGGGUCCUGGGAAAAUACAUGCUGCUGGCACACUCCACGCUCUAGGGAGAUCUCCUGGCUACCUU